CUCCCAUGCUCCUGAGACAGGAUUCCGGGUCCCCUUCCUUUCCUGGGGACCCUCCCUUCUUGUCAGCUGGAGUCUCGUGGAGGACUCCAGGGAUACAUUUCAGGCUCUUGGGUUUCCCUCUGCUGGGGUUAAGAGGAGUUUGGGGUUCCAGGAACGUCUCUUCCUUCACUUUCCUCUCCUCCCCCAGGCAUGGCUGCUAUCAGUCCUUGUUACCACUCAACCACCUCAUUAUUUUUUAAUGAUUGGGAGCUGCCUGUCUGUAUGCAGCAUCCCAAGCAGUGCAGAGUAUAUGACAUGAAUGCAGGAGCUCAGCUCGAUCCCUGAAGGACCUGACCUUCUCAAACUAUCCUGCUUAAUGUUUUCUGUCGCAUCUGGCAAUCUUAGAACAGGACACGUUUUAUUUUUUGCUUGCAAUAGAAGCUUUUCUUUUUGUUCCCCGAGCUGGAGAGAGACCCCACUGAAAUGAACGUGUCUGCUGUUUAUUUCUAGAAACAGGCAAGUGGCUGUUCUCUUCUGUGACCCACGGAGAAUGCUAAGCGAAAGCAUGGAAAUAAUUUAAUAUGGACAUGUAACUAGACUAUCUGCCACUGACAUGAAAGAGAUCUACAAGGAAUAUAGGCUUUGGUUACUGUGAUUUGUUUGUAAUGUAGCCAUUCGAUCAAGGUGGCCAUAAACAAUUGAAGCAACAUUAAAGGACAUUUCUAACCCUGCAUGUUGAAACACAAAAGAACAAAGCUUUUCCUGCAAGAUUUUAUCUGUAUUUUGGAGUUGGAUUUUUUUUAACUGUGAGUUAAUUUUUAUACAUUUGAAAGAUCCACUCAGAUUAAUGUACAGCUAUUUAUUUUAACCUAACUUAAUAUAUUGUCUGAUCACAUCUUCUCGACCAAGUACCAGGAAAGUUAUAUAAUCUGAAUGGACAGAGCAGCAUUUGCCUGUUCCACUGCGUUCUUUCAUGACUACAGCAGUGCAUCUCAUGUAGCAGUCAGCCUGCCCCAAGGACAUGUUGACUAUAUUGAAAAGGUAGAAUCGUUCAGUUACUCCGAUUUUUUCAGGGACUAUCUGAUUCCCAACCACCCCUGUGUUUUCUCAGCUAAAUUCACUGAGGGCUGGGGCAGCAGGAGGAAUUGGGUGACUCAGGAUGGGAAACCUAACUUUGAUUACCUACUGCAGCAUUUUGGGAAGGCUGUAGUACCAGUUGCCAACUGUGAUGUCAAGGAAUACAAUUCUAAUCCAAAGGAACAGAUCCCUCUCAAGGAGUACAUAAGUUAUUGGAAAGAAUACAUUAAAAAAAACUACCAGUCACCCCGGGGGUGUCUUUACCUCAAAGAUUGGCACUUGUGCAGGGCUUUCCCGGCGGAAGAUGUUUAUACAACCCCCAUCUAUUUCACGUCGGACUGGCUCAAUGAAUACUGGGACGCCAGAGGCGUGGAUGAUUAUCGAUUUGUCUACAUGGGACCUAAGGGUUCAUGGACUCCUUUUCACGCCGACGUCUUCCGCUCCUACAGCUGGUCUGCCAAUAUCUGCGGGAAAAAGAAAUGGCUGCUUUUCCCCCCGAGGCAGGAGGAGAAUCUUAGAGAUCGGCAUGGUCACUUGCCCUUCGACAUCACUACGCCUGCCCUUCAGGACAGCCGUGUUUACCCACGCUCUGCCCAAAGCUGCCCCCCUAUUGAAAUCAUCCAGGAAGCAGGGGAGAUAGUCUUCAUCCCUAGUGGAUGGCACCAUCAGGUGUACAACCUGGAGGACACCAUUUCCAUCAACCACAACUGGGUGAAUGGUUGCAACGUCGCUAUCAUGUGGAGCUUCCUGCAGGAUGAAUUAGCAGCCGUGCAACGGGAGAUCAGCGAAUGGAGAGACACUAUGGAGGACUGGCACCUACAAUGCCAGGUAAUCAUGAAAUCGUGCACCGGCAUAGACUAUAAGGAGUUCUACAACUUCCUUAAGGUGAUCGCAGAAAACAGGAUUUCGGUCUUACACCACGUUCUAGAUGAAGAAGCUUCAGCCAAGAACACUCACCGGGCUGCUGCCUCCGCCCUGGGCAUGCUGCACGCUGUGUUUGAUUUAAAGAGGGCUGUGCAGGUGUUAACAUCCUUAAAUGCUAACGAGGAUUUCAAGAAACUGAACCCUAAAUCCCUGUCCCCACCCCCAGAGGCAUUGUUGCACCGCUUGAAAGCAGCAAUAGACACGGCACUGUUAUAAUCCCAUAUUUAUGCAAGUAUUUGUGAAAUGUACCUAUUGCAACCUGGCUGCAUGUUGACAGAUCCCAUAAAGUCACCCC